AUGAGUGAUUCGAUAACUGAGUCAAACUCCUUUGAAAGAAAUGCGAAUGCUGUAGUUUUAGAUCAUAAAUAUUUUCUCGUGCGUUUAAUUUACAAGGGCCGAAGUCAUAACUUGUAUUUAGGUAAUUAGUUAGAUCUAAUAGGAAGUGUAGCUUUAAAUAAGGAUGAUCCGAAUAUCUACUAUUUAGUAGAAAUGAAAAGUUAGGAGCAAUACAAUUCCUUUGUUUGUGACGAAAGAAUCAUUAAAAAAAUGCAUGACUGUACUAAUUAUAAAAAUAGUCUUUAAGUGCAAAUCAUUCCAAAGUCAAUACAAUAGGGAAUAUACAAAUUCAAGAAUAUGGAAUAUCGAUACAAUAUAAAGGAAAGAUGUGGACCUUCUCUUAAACUUUGUUUUCAACAUCAAAAUCGAAAGUUUGCUGAUUAAGUGUUUGCUACUCUGGCAAUUGAAGCGAUAUCUGUGUUGGAGAAAAUGCAUUCAGCAUCGAUGGUUCAUUGCUAUUUAAAACCGAAGAAAUUUGUGACUAUGCACAGGGGAGUUUAAUUGCUUUUAACUGACCUAAAGUUUGCCCAAAAAUACAAGUUGAGACAGUUAUUAAACUAGAAUACGAAAAACAAAUUUCAAUACGCUUUAGCAUUAAAUAAAUAUUCAAGUCUAAAUCUGCACCUAGGGAUAAAACCUUGUCCCAGAGAUGAUCUGGAAUCCCUGGCAUAUAUUCUAAUUAACUUUUACGUUGGAGGUCGACUAUUUAAAACAAAGCAGAAGAAAACUAAGAGCGAUAAAAUUAAAGAGGUGGAAUUAUAGAAGAUGAAUCUGAUAAUUGAGAAGGCAUUCCCAUCUCUGCCAAAAGAAAUAAUUUAAUUCUAUUAUCAUGUAAAAUUGUCCAAUAUUGAUUAAUACAAAGUGAUCAACUAUGAUGAACUUAAGGCAUAUUUUUAUAAAAUGAUGCAAAAAAACAACAAUACAACCAACUUAAAAUCUUAUCCAUGGAAUCAAGAGAUGAUUGAACCUCCAAAGCAGAACUCUCUUAGUAGUUUAACUUCGGUGGUUGAAGAUGACGAAAACGAAUCCGAUGAUUCAUUAAUCGAAGAACAGUCAAUUCUGAGUGUUAUAGAGUAGUUGAAACAAAUUACUAAAACUAAAAAACUACUCUCUGAUUUGGAUAAUUGA